GUUAUAUAUGUUUAAUUUGCCUAACACUGUUACUAUUGUACUUUUGGAGUACAUAAAGAGGAUGUGAGAGAGAAGGCAAGGCAAAGCAAAGAGUAGUUAAUUUUCAGUUGCAGAGAAGAGAAGAGAAGAGAGUCAAAGCAGCAGGGAAGCAUGAGCCAUGAAGAUGGAACCACCACAACAACCACAUCCUCGGCAAACGAGAACUCUAACAAGCAAUUAUUAGAUGAUCACGAGAACGACACGGUGAUGCCGGGGUUUCGAUUCCACCCAACUGAAGAGGAGCUGGUGGAGUUCUACCUUCGCCGUAAGGUGGAGGGCAAGCGUUUCAAUGUUGAGCUCAUCACUUUCCUUGAUCUUUAUCGCUAUGACCCUUGGGAGCUUCCUGCUUUGGCAGCUAUUGGUGAGAAGGAGUGGUACUUCUAUGUGCCGAGAGAUAGGAAGUAUCGCAACGGCGAUCGUCCCAACCGUGUGACUACUUCUGGGUAUUGGAAGGCAACCGGAGCUGACAGGAUGAUUCGAACUGAAAACUUCAGGUCAAUUGGGCUGAAGAAAACCCUAGUUUUCUAUUCUGGGAAAGCUCCCAAAGGCAUCCGAACCAGUUGGAUUAUGAAUGAGUAUCGCUUGCCUCAGCAUGAAACUGAACGAUAUCAAAAGGCUGAGAUAUCGCUUUGCCGGGUAUACAAGAGAGCUGGAGUAGAAGAUCAUCCUUCCCUCCCUCGUUGUCUCCCAAUUACCAAGCAGCCAUCAUCCUCAAGAUCAUCAAAACCAAGUGAAAUAGCUCAGCAUCAACAUCUGCCACACAACAUGGGCUUAUUUCUUGGCCAAUCAAAUUCAAAACCAGUUCAUGAUGGACAAAUAGUUGAGAAUCAUGAAACGGAGGGAAUUAGCAGCACUGGUUCGGGUUCGGGUUCAGAACAUCAUGUAACAACAGCUCUUGGGCUCUCCAAGUACAAUGCUUACCGUGCUGCGGUGGGUUCACUCAGCAACACAAAUACAAUAGGACUGCCAGCGGAGGAGGAAGGGUUGAUGCUCCUGCCGCAGCACCACCAAUCUAAUAAUCCAAAGCAACCACCAAAUAACUCUUUAGUCCAUGCAUGUUUCCCUGCAAAUGCUGUGCCUUCAAAUAAUAACAAUAAUAAUGUAGUGAUGAUGGAUGAUCUGAACAGGCUAGUAAGUUAUCAACCACAGUUCUUCAAUGUUCAAAGUCAUCCCAAUCAUCAAUUAUCUGCUUUACUGAUGCAAACGGCGCCACCAAUGUCUCUCAACUCACUACCAAAUACACUUCCAACUACCUUCUCUGACCGACUGUGGGACUGGAAUCCAAUCCCUGAGGUAAACCAAGACCACCCAAACAUCAUGCCCUUCAAGUAAUUAAACUAGCUAGUACUGCCACUCUUAAUUUUAUCUUAAUUUAUCUAUGAGUACUAUUGCACAUACAUAUAUAUAGAGAGAGGGGGACAUUAAUUUACUUGUGCUUGCUAAUUUCCAAGUAUCAACUUUAUGUGUAGCUAGCUUGUUUUAAUUUCCUUACUCUAGCUAGUUAAUCAAUAAUCUAGUAUCUUAUCAAUAACAUAAUUGUAUGAGUACUCAUAUUGAUUUAUCAUCAGUGUGUAUAUUUUGGUAGCUACCAAUAUAUUAAGCUUUUUUAUAGUUUUAGUCCCCUCCACA